AUGGUUUGACACCUCUACUGUCGCGUAAUUUCCACUAUUGUUGAUAUAAAAUUGUAAAUACGUUGUUAACUUUUUUCUAAAGCAAAAGUGCAAAGCUUCCGUUAGUGACGCGACACCGCACGAGCAACAUCAGCCAGCGCUGAGCAGCCGCCAAGGACAUGCAUAUUGCAAAGUGAAUCGAAAGGCAUGAGAAGACAGUGAAAAAUAUUAAAUUAGCAGCAACCCGAUGUACAAAAGGCCAUUAAAUAUAUACGCGAAUAGCCAAGUUUUUUAACAAUUCUCAUUAGACAAUAAACCCACUUCACUUGGCACUUACGCCCCUUCCAAGUGUUAGAAAGUAAAACGAAGAGUAUUACAACGAAACGGAACGCAAUUUAAUUAACAAAUGGCUGCCAAUAACUUGCGACAAAUCCCGCUGACCUGCAGCGGACACACGCGUCCAGUGGUGCAUUUGGACUUCAGCGGCAUCUGCGACAGCGGAUACUUUCUCAUCUCCGCUUGCAAAGAUGGCAGCCCGAUGCUGCGUCACGGCGACACCGGCGACUGGGUGGGCACCUUUGAGGGGCACAAGGGCGCCGUGUGGAAUGCCACACUCAAUCGAAAUGCAACGCUGGCUGCCUCGGGAGCGGCCGACUUCACCGGCAAGGUGUGGAAUGCGGUGAGCGGAGCCGAGAUCCACAGUUUCCAGCACAAGCAUAUCGUGAAGAGUGUGGCCUUUGACGCCGAUUCGGAGAACAUUGUGACGGGCAGCAACGAGAAGCUGGUGCGAGUCUUUAACCUGGAGCAACCGGAGGCGAAGCCGGAGGAGUACAGUGGACACGCUGGGGCCAUCAAGCGGGCACUCUUCUGCCGCGACGACAAGUGCAUCGUCUCGGCGGCCGAGGACAAGACCGUCCGCCUGUGGGAUCGCAUGACGGGCAUUGAGGUGCAACGCCUGCAGUUCAACAGCCAUCCCAACAGCCUGGAGAUCUCGCGCGACAACCACAUACUGACCAUUGCCCACGGCUCGUCGAUCAGCUUCUGGGAGGUGGACACUCUCAAGAAGCUCAAGGAGGUGAAAGUGCCGACGAAUGUCGCAUCGGCCAGUUUGCAUCCGGACAAGCACGUCUUUGUCUGCGGCGGCGAGGACUUUAAGAUGUACAAAUUCGACUACAUUACAGGCAACGAAAUAGAAUCAUUCAAAGGUCACUUUGGACCAGUGCAUGCGGUCAAGUUCAGCCCCGAUGGCGAGCUGUAUGCAAGUGGAUCCGAAGACGGCACCUUGAGACUGUGGCAGACCACGGUGGGCAAGACAUACGGCUUGUGGAAGUGCACAGAGCCCAAUGAGCUGAACAACUCCAUGAGCUCGCCACGCGAGGUGCCUGCAAACUGAUGUUGGAGAAUUGCCAGUCGCUGCUAUACGGCGCCGCCGCCGGCGCAGACGAUGCAAAGGAGGGAUACGAGCUAUAGCUGAGAUCAUCGAUUAUCAUUAAACCUUUUUGUAAUGGGCUACAAUAACGAUAUUUUAUAUUCCAACGCUGAACUCUCAUUGGCAUUAAAUGAUAAUCACACACAGAACUACAUUGUGAAAUGCAAUAGAAAUAAAUAACUUAAGUUUCUCAA